CACAUUGCUCUUCCUGAAAACUACAAUAUAAUGUGAUACUUUUGUACCCUUUAAUUUUACUGUUACAUUCCACGUUUCAAAUCGAAACAGCCAUGCAAGUAGGUAUAGCUACUCCAAGAAAGAAACACAAUGGAACAAAGGACUUUUUUACAAAACUUACUUUUGGUAAAUAAUAUUUAGCCUUGGAAAUUAAACUGUAAUGGCAUACAUGAAAUAUAAAAAAAAGAUUCAACUUUUUGUUACAACACGCAUUCUUAUCAACGAUACAAAUGGUUAUAUCAAUGUCUAUGCUGAAAAAUGAACGUUCUUAUUUUAUGGAUAAUUUUGAACCAGAAAAUGAUCUAGCGAACAUUAUAUACUCCAAAAGUUAUAUGCCAGACGACAGGGAAUUACCUAAAAUUUCUUUAAUAAAAAAAGCGGACAAUGAUGUUACUUACCUUCUUUCAAAAUUAUCAGACGAGGAACUUAUAAAAUUAUUAAAUACUCAACCGAAGAAAAAUGAAUAUGAUUUAAAUGAUUUAGUAAAAAUUGCUUUCGAUUCCAAAUCAGUAUAUGAAGAUACUUUUAAACACAAUGAAGAUCAGGUUCGACAGCAUAACAUUUUAAACGAAAACAAUAAUCAAAAUAACAAGAAGCUAAAUUUUAAAGCAAGAAUUGAAAAAGACAAUGACCCAAUAGCCGUUUUUAGAUUAGAAAAUAAAGAAGUCGAUCCGUAUGUUAAGAGUGAUGAUUCGAAUUACAUCGCUGUUAAAAAAUUAAAUAAUCUCUUAAGUAAUUAUCAAAUUAACUCAGAUAUAGAUAGCGUGGAUGACGAUAAAAAGGAAUUAUUAUUUGAUGUUCUUGUUUCACAGUUAAAAACAUUAUGUUGUAAAAAAAAGAAACCAACAAAUCUCAGUAUGAUGUACAAUAUUAUAACGAAACAUGCACAGAAAAUGACACGUGAAUAUAUAUUUCUAGUAGUGAACGAUGAAAUAAAAAAUAAUGUCAGUGAUGAGCUCAUCUCUGUGGACCCGGAUAGUCUAGAUAGAAAUAGUAGUGUAUUAUUAUUAGGACCUGUUAAAACUCCACUAACAGACAUUCAACUAAAACUUGUCAUUAAUCGUAUAUCAAAUGAAUUAUCGAAACCAGAAUAUCUUCCACUUUUGCAACAAUUAUCAGAUGGAACACUAAAUUACAAAAAUAUUAAAUUAUCGAAAAGUUUUGUAAGUGGACCAGAAACAAGAAGAUAUAUUAAACCACACAGAUGCAAUCAUCAAUCAAAGUUAGCUAAAAUUUACAGUGGACCAAAGUGGCUACUUUGCACUGGUUAUUUAAAUAUUAAUGUACCUAGCCUGUAUGAUUGAUAUGAAUAAAUAAAUAUUAUAUUUUUCCAUUAA